GUAGCCAGUGCACGUUUUAUUUGCCUCAGCCUGCAUUAAUCCCUCCGCUUUAAAGUAGUUUAACUCUUAUCUUCAGUGUAAAUCAGGCAUGCACCAUCGCAUAUGGUAAAAAAAAUCAGCCUGCGGCUCGUCUCGGUGUGAGUGACCUCUCUCCGUAUUUGUUGCGCCCUCGUCGCCAGCAGCUGCUCACGAAGCGCCGAGCGGGGCCGCCGCAGCUGCCCGACAGAGAAGAUGGGGUCAGCGGGUCGCAUGUGCUGGGCGCUGCUCGCAGUGGUUCUGCUGGGGCUUCAUCACUCCGCCGGCUUCUGGAUCGUCAACGUCGUUUUCCCACCCAGCACUAAACCCAAAGUACCGAGCAACAACACUUCGCCGCUCAUUAUAGUGCCUGGGAACUUGGGGAACCGUCUUGAGGCCAAAAUAGACAAACCAACAUUGGUUCACUGGUUCUGCUACAAGAAAACUGAAAACUGGUUUCCUCUGUGGAUCGACCUCAACAUGUUCAUGCCAAUAGGUGUGGACUGCUGGAUAGAUAACAUCAGACUUAUUUACAACAGGACAACACGACGCUCAUCCAACUCACCAGGGGUGCAGGUCAGAGUGCCGGGAUUUGGGGAAACCUACUCCAUAGAGUUUCUUGACUACAACAAACUGGCAGGUUACUUUCAUACUAUGGUGGAACAUUUGGUCAACGUUGGCUAUGUCCGGAACGAGACGGUUCGUGGAGCGCCGUACGAUUGGAGAUUAGCACCAAAUGAGAACACCGCCUAUUUUCUAAAGCUGCAGGAGUUGGUUGAGGAGAUGUACAACCAGUACCAGAAACCAGUUUACCUGCUGGGACACAGCAUGGGCUCCCACUACGUCCUCUACUUCCUCAACCAUCAGCCAAAGGCCUGGAAGGACAAGUACAUCAGGGGUUUUAUUUCCCUUGGAGCUCCGUGGGGGGGCGCUGUUAAAGCACUCAGAGUUUUGACCUCAGGUGAAAAUGACGGCAUUCCGAUGCUUUCCAACGUCAAGAUCCGCGAGGAGCAGAGGAUGAUGACCACUAAUCCCUGGUUGCUGCCGUCAGAGGAGGUUUGGCCAGAGGACCAUGUUUUCAUCUCCACUCCAGCCUUUAACUACACCCAUCGGGACUACAAGCGUCUUUUCACAGACAUCAGCUUUGAGGAUGGCUGGCACAUGUGGGAGGACACCAAGAACCUCACCAGUGCUCUCCACCCGCCCGGUGUAGAGGUGUGGUGCAUGUACGGUGUGGGGCUUCCGACGCCCGUAACCCAUACUUACGACGAGGAGUUUCCCGACGGGGACCCAGUGGACUUUGUUUACGCUGACGGGGACGACACGGUGGACAGCUUCAGCAUGGGCUUGUGCAAGCGCUGGGUGGGGCAGCAAGAGAAGCCCGUCCACGUGACAGAGUACAGGGGCCUGGCCCACCUAGAUAUGGUGUUCCAUGAGAAAGUGCUCAAUCAGAUCCAGCAAAUCCUGGAGGGUAAAUCUGAUGUUCCCGAAGAGGUCGACGUCCGGUCAGAUGUUAUAUAGCAGUCCUGUGUUUGAUAUUACUGGAUUCCUGUGUAUACAUGUAAAAAUAAGCAUAUUUGGUCACUAGGUUCAGCUCUGAAGGGGUCUAACUCUGACCUUCUCAUUUAAACUAAAGUAUUGGUUUAUCUGUUCUCUGUUUAUUCCCAUAUAUAUAUGUGUGUGUGUGUGUGUAUAUACAUAUAUAUAUAUUCAUAUAUAUAUAUAUGUUUAUAUGGCUGGUAACUUACAUAAACACAUACGUAUUUGUGUUUAUAUACAUAUGUAUAUGUGUAUAUUUACACAUAUACUGUAUAUGUGUAUAUAUACAUAUAUAUAUAUAUAUAUAUAUGUGUGUAUAGGGUCUACCUUUUUAGAUCCGCAUCAAAUCAAUGUUAUUUUUAAAGCAUAUGUUCCACCAACUCGAAGGUAACAGCUGUUUUUGUAAUGUAUGUUUUCUUUCGAGUUUAUUUUUUUGUAGAUUUCAGAGAUAAAGUGGAAUAAAUUUGGCAGUUCAGUGUACAGUUUAGAUAACUUCACUGAAUAUUGUCUGUUCCUCUAAACUAAACUAUUGAUGCUGUAAAAAAAGAAAUUGGAUAAUCUUUUUAUAUCCAAAAUUCACUUUUAAGUUUGUCUGUGAUGUCUUUAGAUUUUGACAUGGAAAGCAAGUGUUCCACAUGUAUGAAACUGAGAUCAACGGUACAACAGUGUUGUCCAGAUUUAUAAACAGUAUACAAACAGCUGGACUGAUGAAACCAACAAUGUGAUAUCCUUUAAACUCUAAUGAUGACUGUUGGAUGGUCAGGAUACUGCUAGAUAAUCUAUUGCUGCAUUCAUGAUGCCACUAUUUAUGUCCUCUGGUAUCGACUUUUGACAUGCAAUCAUUUAAAUACUGGAUAAAAUUACAGUGGAUCUAAAAAAGUGUGUACAUCCAUAUAAAAAUGCCUGGUUUUUGUUAAAAAAAAAUGACACCAUGAUUAUUUCAAUGUGUUUUUCUGUCUUUAAUGUAACACAUAACCCAUACAUUUAAAUGAAACAUCUCUAUCUAAAGGAAACAUCUGACAUUAACCUUGUUACAGACGUGUGCACAACUUUAAAUGAACAUUUUGUUGAGGCACCUUUCAGGUCAGUUUAAGCAUACAGUUUCCUUUAGUUCACAUUUUGUAAACAAUUAAAGAGAAUUUGAUUAACCUGAAUAAAAAUUAACCCCGUAGCAAAACAUUUACUUUUACAUCUUUUAGGUAAAGCUAUAAUGGUCAGAGAAAAAUUAAAAUAAUGUCAUUGUAUAUAUAUUUUUUCCAGGAAAUUGUAAAGGAUAAAUGUCAUAUUAAAGAUGCAAAAAUUUCCAAAAUAUUA